AUGACACAACUACAAAAAGAACCACUUCUUCCUCUCUGCAUCCACCACGAAGCAGCUCCUACACAAUGUCAUGCAUCUGACAACGACGACGACGACGACAUGCAGCUACAAGUACCUCUGAUUCCCUCCAAGACCGUCCCGGACACGGCAGACAAGCCUGAGGAAUGCUUGGCGUUCAGUGAAGAGUUCCUUAUUGGCUGCAUCAGCGGGAUUGUCGGUGCGGUUGUUUCUUGGUUUAACCUUGGUGGGCUCCAAUGGGUGCUGUUUGUCUUUUUCCUCCCCUACUUCAUCUCGGAAGUGUGGGAAUCAAGUGCUCUCUUUCACGCGGCUGCCGUGCACAAGGGACGGGAAGGGUCGACCGUCUACCAUGCCGCUAUGUAUCGAGUGACGGCCAAAAAGCGUCUGGCCGUCAUGUUGUUUGGACAAGGGGUUAUUAUGGGACAAGCCGCCACGGAUUUGGUGUCCCCCUCUUCUCAAGACAUUGAGAGUUUUAUCUGUGCCGCCAUCGUAUAUUCCCUGCUGUGGGUCGGAUGGGCCAUGACCUGUGAAAUAUCCCAUGCCCUGCCACCCCAAGACAAGCUCGCCAAUUUGACCGGUCUCAAGAAAGACUUCAAAAGGCGGUACCGACACAAGGUGCAACGAUCCUGUUCGGACAGUUCCACGGCACGGCGUAGAGACGGCAGUAACAGCCUGAGGUCUACUCAGAAACGACAGUCCUCCCUUCGAAGAACCAAAAGCUUGACUCUUCUUGACGAUAUCGCCUAA